CGUCUUUUGAUAUCCAAGAAGCAUUAGCAUAUGCACUGUCUUGUGUGAAGCAAGAAGGACUGAUCCUCAAGGAACAGCAGGUCCGUGCUCUCAAGCUCCUGUCAGAAGGAAGGGACGUUUUUGUGUGGUUCCCAACUGGGUAUGGCAAGUCUCUGUGCUAUCAAUUGCUACCCUUCUUGAUGGACUACAAGCUUGGUAGGACUAAGGGUCCUCUUGUCGCCAGAAGUGUAGUUUUUGUCAUCUCUCCCCUUGUGUCUCUCAUGAUUGACCAGGUCAGGAGUCUGAACACUGGAGGUGUUUCUGCUGCCAUCCUCAGUAGUAAUAAGGGAAUCGACAGAAGUCUUGUUGCCACUAACAAAGAUGUGUCGGAUGGAAAGUACCGUCUGCUGUUCACUGCCCCAGAGGCUGUUGUUGAAGACUAUCGUUGGAGGAUGCUAUUACUAGAGCCUCCACUCAAUUCCUCUUUAGUGGCAAUAGCUGUGGACAAAGCACACUGUGUUUACAAGUGGAGCUCUGACUUUCGUCCUGCCUAUGCACACCUAGGUGAGCUUAGAGCAUUUGCCCCUCCUGGUGCUCCAAUGUUGGCUGCAACGGCUACUGUGACAGAUGUUAUGAGGAAUGUGAUUGUGGAGGUUCUCGAAAUGACUGGGUGUGCUGUUGGACGCGAGCUCACAGUGAAAGGAGAUGCGUCGGAACCACUCGUGUCCUUAGUCCUUUUCUUAGGGGCUGAUCUUACUGGACUACUAGGGAGCUGCUCUUUGGACACUUGUUUCUGGUAGCUACGUCUGGCCAGGAGCCUGAACACCUCUAUGGACUCUAUCUUCUUGAUACAAGAAAGACAGACAAUCUUUGACAGGCCAUCUGAAUCACUAACAGGCAGAUCCAAUGCAAGACUGAGCCUCCCUGGAAUAUCUUCUUUGAGAGCCUUACUGCUGAACAAAUGUUUAUAUCUUCUGUUUUGUAUGGCAUCAGUGCUGCAACAUAACCUACAAAGAACAAACUUAGAAGCCAUUAAUUUUAUUCAAUUUUCAUUUGACCACAUGGACUUAAUAAUAAUAACAAAGUCACGCCCAGAUACAAUCAAUACCAGGCCGAGGAGGCGACCUAGCGUUCAAUUAGAGAC